UUAUGUUAUACGUAUAAUAAAAAAAAGUUCUGCAGAUAAGACUAAGAAAUAUAAAUAAUAAGUAUAAAAAGUUUUUGAACGUGCGGUUGAUUACUGUGUGCAAUUUCUAUUCAAAGUAUAAUAAGAAUGUCUAAAUCUGUGCAAAAUCUUGUCUGUGUUAACGAUUAUGAAGAAUACGCAAGAAAUAACUUAUCCCAUAUGUAUUUCGAAUACUAUCAUGGAGGCGCUGGAGAAGAAAAGACUUUGGAAUGGAAUAAAACAGGUUUUAACAAAUAUCGGAUCAGACCGAAAUAUAUGCGCCCAGUAAACAAUAGAAAUUUAUCCAUAAGUAUCUUGGGCAAGCCGGUUGCAUUUCCCAUAGGGAUAUCUCCUACAGCUUUUCAUAAAUUAGCACAUCGCGAUGGAGAAUGUGCUACUGCAAAAGCUACCCAGGAUUUAGAUACCAUUUUUAUAUUGAGUUCACAUUCUAAUUCUACCUUUGAAGAGGUUAUAAAGGCGGCACCACAUGGAAGGAAGUGGUUACAAAUGUAUAUAUUUCAAAGCAGGGAGAUGAUUAAAGAUUUUGCAAAAGUAGCAGAAGAAAGUGGAUUUGAAGCAUUGGUUCUAACAGUGGAUUUUACCUUGAAGGGAUUAAGACGACACUUUUUAAGAAGCGAGUUUGUAACGCCACCACAUGCACAGUUCGUCCUUCUUAAAAGAUAUCAAGAGAAGAAUACAAUAUCUAGUUUUGUUGAUCUUCCUGAUUUAGACGCCGAUUGGAGCUGUGUUAGAUGGUUAACAACAGUCACUAAAUUACCAAUUGUAAUAAAAGGUGUGCUGACUGCUGAGGAUGCUAUCGCAGCAGCGGAUGCAGGAGCUUCUGCUAUUCUUGUUUCUAAUCACGGUGCUAGACAACUAGAUAGUCUUCCAUCAACAAUAGAAGCUUUACCAGAGGUAGUAAAAGCAGUUGGGCAUAGAGUUGAAGUUUACAUGGAUGGAGGUAUUAGAGAUGGCACUGAUGUAUAUAAAGCUCUAGCUCUAGGAGCUAGAAUGGUAUUUAUUGGUAGGCCUGCCAUAUGGGGUCUGGUGCAUGGUGGAGAACAGGGCGUCAAAAACAUUUUGACAAUGUUAAAGGGGGAAUUAGAUAAUGCAAUGGCUAUCACAGGUUGUUCCAUUCAAGAGCAGCUUGUACUAGCCGUGCGGUUUUUUGUUGAUUAUCCCAGCAAGCUCUAUGGUUUUCAACUUAUCCCACAAAUACUCUAAAGGGUUAAGGUCAGGGUGUUCAAAAAUAACAGAUGUCAAUAAAGAAAGAGUGGUUCACGAAAACUACUACGCAAAACUAUGAAUAUCUUAGGCAUUGCUCCAUUAAAAUUAAACAAUUUUGUUUCCAGUGCAAAUAGAAAAUUUAGCAGUCUCGAAUCAAAAUAAAUAUUUGCAAUAUUGCAUCCAUUUAAAAAAAUAUUAUUGUUGAAUUAAAUUUUUAAGUAUUUUA